GCGUCUCCGCAGAAUUUUGAAAUGAGUGGUUGUUGAUUUCUCGGCUCAGUUUUCCGUUGAAAUGUCUGUUUUUCACGAUGAAAUCGAGAUCGAGGACUUUGAAUAUGAGCAGGACACAGAGACGUAUUAUUUCCCCUGUCCCUGCGGAGACAGAUUCGCCAUAACUAAAGAGGAGCUGGAGAACGGGGAGGAGGUGGCGACGUGUCCGAGCUGCUCGCUCAUUGUUAAAGUCAUCUACGAUAAGGAUUUGUUCAUGUCAGGAGAAAUCAUCGAAGCUCCGACGUCUUCAGAGACCAAACUGGAGCUUUCUCAGUCCUGAAGCUCGGGCUCUGGUUUUUACAUGACUCUGCUUUUUUUUUUUUUUUUUGAGCUUUAAAGUUUGAUUUCGACCAUUAGAUUGGUUUGAAAAGCUUUGCAUUUUUUUUCCAGUUGGUGGCGCUGUGUGUCACUGUCACUGUCUCCAGACACAGACAGUGCAGAGCAAAGACUUUAUGUGAUGGUGGACUGUUUCUGUGACAGCAGCUGUGGAUAUGACGAACAUGAAGCUGCUGAUGAUGAGGAAGAUGUUUUGUUGACCAGUGAUGACUCGGAUAAUUCAGAACCAGAUCCUGACACUGACCACGGUCAGAGGCUGCUUGAGUAGUGGUCCCAGGAGAAUGUGGGACAGGUGAAGGAGCUGAAACAGACUUGUUAUGCCGCCCCAGGGUUUUACCAGAGACCGCUGAUGGUGUCUUAUGUUCCAAAGAAAGGAGAAGUGCUGAUGCUGCUGCCCACCGUGCAUGACAGGAAGGCUGAUGAGGGACCUGGAAGGCAAUAACAAGACAGAGGGUGGAGUGGACUGUGGGGACCAGCUGUGUCACACCUGCAAUGUCCAGGGGAAAAGUCUUGCUGCUACAGACACACAGGUGGGAAACCAGAGGAUCUCACCUGUGAUGCACUUUCCUGGAAAACCUCUGUUGAUCUGCAGUCGACCACACAACCAUGCUGCUGUCAGCACAAACAGGUGGCAGUGGUCUGUGAGUGCUGCGCUCACUGGUGUGGGUUUGAUGGUGUUUCAGGGUUUAAACUGCAGGAAACAUCAGGUGUUUUCUGAGUAAACUUCACCAAAGCUCUGUGAACACGUCACAUCGUAUUCAAACUGUGAAUCUUUGUGCUUUGUUUCAUUAAAACACAUGAAACCAGUCUGAGUUGUGAGUGAAGGUCUGUGGUUAUGUGAGUCUCCUCUGCCAGAUCUGGUCUCUUACAGGGAGCAGCAGCUGGUGGAGCUGACGGUGUCUUCAGGUCUGAGUAUGUCCUCUGAGCAGCACUGCUUCAUCCUCUCACGUUGGACUGAGGGAGGACUGGACACUACAGAGACUGACUGUCACCUCUGGAGGGAGCUAGCUGGUUAGCAUGCUAACUUCAGUGUUGCGUUCCACAGCUGGAUGCAGCUGUUGGUGAGCAAACAUGUUCAAACUUUAGAGAUACAGAUGAACAAGCGUCAGGUGAACGACAGGAAGGAAGGAAGGAAAAGAGUCAAUUCAGUCCCAUCAGAUCCUCCACCAUCGGCGUGUGAGUGAGUGUGCGACUGGGUGCACUGGGUAAACUGGGUGCACUGGUGUGGUAAACCUCUCUCUGAGUGACAGGAAAGUAAACUGACGUUCUCAGGACUGAGAGUCUAAUAAAAACGGAGUCAGUUAAACUGAUGUGGGUUACUUUGACCCCCACCCCCGUGUCCUGCUUUAAUGUUUUAUUCGUUAACCUGUUGUUACAUGAAUUAUCUGACGCUCGAGUUUUAGUUGUUUCUCUGUUGUUUUUAUCGUGUUGUGUUGUUUUUGUAAAGCAGGCUCGAAGCCUCCAUGUUGUGUGGAUGUUUGCAGUAGAAGCAGAGUGAGCUGCUGCUCAGUAGCUGAACACGGAGCCUUUGUGAGUCUGUGGCUCCGCUCACCGAUGACCGGAGGCAGCUUUUCCUGCCUGAAUCAGCCCGUGGAGGAGGUGGACCUGAGCCGCUGCUCUCCCGCUGCGUGAGCCGCUAAAUGAGGCCUGAGCUCGGCCGGACAGCGGCUGGAGACCAGCUCUGACUUUGUCUGUCAUCAGAUGGACUGACGGGGCCUCUGUAAGAUGUUCAGAGAGUCAGAGACCUCCUGGUCCCGUUAGGACAAACUCUACCGGAUGAAUUUGGCUCUGGCAGGUGAAGUGUGUGAGCUGAUGUGGAUGUGAGUUCAGCAGCAUGGACCAGUGUGAGGACAGAGACAAGGGAGUCUGUCCCUGUAAAACCUGUCUGAUCACAGAGGAAGGCUGUGCUUCUCUGGGCUCAGCUCUGAGCUCCAACCCCUCCCAUCUGAGAGAGCUGGACCUGAGCUACAAUCAUCCAGGAGACUCAGGAGGGAAGCUACUGGCUGCUGGACUGGAGGAUCCACACUGGAGCCUGGACACCCUCAGGGUGGAGCCUGGUGGAGUCCGAUGGUUGAGACCAGGUCUGAGGAAGUAUUUCUGUGAACUCACCA